AUGGAAGCUGCUACAGCAUUGCGACUCCGGUUGUCGCCGAUAGUCGGUGUCGUGGCCAAAGAUGCAGCCGCGCUGAGGACGUGCACCGCCCCAUGCGCAUACGUCUCGUCCAAGCGCACAUUCUCGAUUCUUAACCGGCCUGCGCCCAACUACGCGGGCCAUGUGCCCCUCACGAGGGUCGAGCGAGCUGGCCUGGCUAUCGGCUCGAGCAUCGUGUCCCUGCUGGACCCAUACCGCCACGACAUGAUUGCUGCCCUCGGCGAAGCCACAGCCACUCCCUACUUCAUCUACCGCCUGCGCGACGCGAUGUUGGCCGACCCCACGGGUCGACAGAUCCUGCGCGACCGUCCGCGCAUCACGUCCAAGACGCUCUCGGUCGACAUGCUCCGCCGGCUUCCCGCCAACUCGGUGGGCAAGGCCUACGUCGACUGGCUGGACCGUGAGGGAGUGUCGCCCGACACGCGGUCCGAGGUGCGGUACAUCGACGACGAGGAGUGCGCCUACGUCAUGCAGCGGUACCGCGAGUGCCACGACUUCUACCACGCCGUCACCGGCCUGCCCAUCGUGCGCGAGGGCGAGGUCGCCCUCAAGGCCUUCGAGUGGGCAAACACCAGCCUCCCCAUGACCGGGCUCAGCAUGUUCGCUGCCGGCACCAUGAAGCCCAAGGAGAGGUCCCGCUUCUGGUCCAUCUACCUCCCCUGGGCCCUCCGCAACGGCGCCAGGAGCAAGGAAGUCAUCAACGUCUACUGGGAGAAGCAGCUCGAGCGCGACGUAGACGACCUGAGAGCCGAGCUGGGCAUCGAGCGUCCGCCCGAUCUGCGUGCCAUACGCAAGAGGGAACGCGACGAGAAGAAGAGGCAGGAGGCCGUGCGGCAUCAGCAACCACGCCAGUCAUAG